AUGAGCAGCCUCCCCAUCCUGUAUCGGCUCCUGUUCCUGUUCGCACUCCAUGCCCCUCAAGCACAAGGGACACCGGUCACGACACCAGGAACUCAACGAUACUAUGGCAACCUGAUCCAGGAAAUUGUAAAUGAGCUAGACAAGCUACCUGUGGCUUCAGAAGUCUUCUUGAACUCAAACGAGAAGAGGAGGCUGAUGAAAACAAGCCUCCGGAAGCCAAACCUGGAAGAAUUCCUGACAUUUGCCACAGAUUCCCUUGGAGAGGAUUCGAAAAUCACGAAAAAUCUUAAGGAAAUCCAGCCAAUCCUGCCCACAACCAUGUCCACGGAAGAGCCAAUCCUUAUUGAGCAGGAUAACUUGGGUGAUUUCCAGGUGAAACUGAAGGAAUAUCUGUCUGCCAUUAGAGACUCUCUGAAUUCUAAGAACACAUAG